CACACACGAAUGUGAUCAUGUCGCCGCUAUAAAUAGUUUGUCUGCGUUAGCACUUAUAAUAACAAUAUCACUAAUACUUGUUCAUUUUCAAGUCACAAAAUGUAAAUGGAGUAUUGUUGGCACUUUUUGAAUGGUUAUUUAUCAGAUUUUAUGGGCGGAAUAAUUGCCUUUGCUGUAAGCAGACUUAUUUACGUUUAAUAUUUACAAUGCAUUGGGGAAAAUAAUUCAUCUUUUGUCAUGUCUUUCGUAAUGAUUGUGAACAAUAGGCAAAAUGACAAAAGAAAGUGCAGUACCCCUUUAAAAAUUGUGAUUAAUCAUGAUUAAAUACAAAUUAAAUGACUAGUCUGAAUAAUUUAAAUGAACUUUAAAAAAUAUUUGGACACAAUGUGUAUUUUAUUAUUAAUUUUAUUGUGACAAUGUCAAACAGGAACAUGUUUCACUCAAAUGUAGGUCAUAUUUGAACUGAUCAAUCAUAAGAUAACCUGCAUUAAUGCAUGAUCACCUACAUUUACUGAUGAAUUUGCAUGUGUAAAGUAGUAACUUUGACAUCAUGCAGAUGAAACGUUGUUUUUAUUCCACAAUGACAAAAUAAUAUUCACAUUUAAAAAGUAUUCAAAAGACUGAAGUAUGUUACCAGGAUAUAUGGAAAUAUCAGUCUUGAUUUACAUUUGAACUGUGUUUCUCUCUCUGAUGACAAGGUAGCUUUUCAAUGCAGUGAACAACAUGCUCUUAUUUUGAAGACACCAUCUUUAGUUUCCUGUUGUGAUUCCAAUAAACUUGAUAGAAGGAAACAACAUCAACUGUCCCCGAACUUUUUUUUCUACUUCUUGCACUGCUUCUACUUGUAUUUCUCCACAGCAACUUUGAAGGAAGAAAAACCAGUGGACAUGUGUGGAAUCUGGGCGGUGUUUGGCAGCGAGAGCUGCAUGUCUCUGCACUGCAGCAACGCCAUGAAGAUCGCUCACCGAGGACCUGACGGCUUCCGCUUUGAGAGCGUGGAGGGGAUGACCAACUGCUGCUUCGGCUUCCACCGCCUGGUCAUCCAGGAGAAGCUGCACGGCAUGCAGCCCCUACGUGGCAUGCAGCCCCUACGUGUCGACAAGUUCCCCUUCCUGUGGCUCUGCUACAAUGGAGAGAUUUACAACCAUCGCUUGCUGAGCAAACAUUUUGACUUUGAGUGCCAGACUGAAAUAGACGGAGAGAUCCUGCUUCAUCUUUACGAUCGCUUCGGCAUGGAGAAGGCGGCGACUCUGUUGGACGGAACCUUUGCCUUCGUGCUCCUGGACACGGCCAACAGGAAGGUGUUCCUGGGCAGAGACACCUACGGAGUGCGGCCCCUCUUCCGAAUGCUCACCCACCAUGGACUGCUGGCCGUCAGCUCCGAAGCUAAAGGUCUGGCAGACAUGACUCCUGCUGCUAAGAUCAUUCCUUUCCUGCCGGGACACGUGGAGGAGUUUGACUUGAAGGCCAGCGGCAAAGUGGAGUCUCUUCAGAUGAAAGCAUUUCACGAGUGCACCAAAGAGCCUUACCAUGUUCUCUGUGACGCUGUGGGUCGUCUGCCAACAAGUCUGGAUGAAGAAAGUGUCAAGGAAAACAUCAGAACCUUGUUUGAAAAUGCGGUGAGGAAACGUCUGAUGGCCAAAAGGAGGAUCGGCUGUCUUCUCUCAGGGGGUCUGGAUUCCAGUCUGGUUGCCGCAACUCUGGUGAAGCUGGCCAAAGAAGAAGGUCUGCAAUAUCCCGUCCAAACAUUUGCCAUCGGAUCAGAAGACAGCCCAGACAUCUUAGCUGCCCGGAAGGUGGCCGCUCACAUUGGCAGUGAGCACCAUGAAGUCAACUUCAGUGCAGAAGAAGGCAUCAGAGCAGUGGAGGAAGUCAUCGUCAGCCUCGAGACCUACGACAUCACCACCAUACGCGCCUCCGUCGGCAUGUAUUUGGUUAGCAAGUACAUCAGAGAGCAGACGGACAGUGUUGUCAUCUUCUCAGGAGAAGGUUCAGAUGAACUCACUCAAGGUUACAUGUACUUUCACAAGGCUCCAAGUGCGCAGGCAGGAUCAGAAGAAAGUGUUCGACUGCUGAAAGAACUUUACUUGUUUGAUAACCUCAGAGCUGAUCGCACCACUGCUGCACACGGGUUGGAGCUCAGAGUGCCGUUCCUGGACCACAGACUGAGUGCUUACUUCCUGUCACUGCCACCUGACAUGAGGACUCCAAGGCACGGAGUGGAGAAGUUCCUUCUGAGGGACGCCUUCAAAGGUCAAAAUCUGAUCCCUGAUGAGAUUCUGUGGCGACGUAAAGAAGCCUUCAGUGAUGGAGUCAUGUCCCACAAGAAGUCCUGGUACAUCUUCCUGGAGGAGCACCUCAACUCUGUGGUGAGUGACGUGCAGCUGGCCAAGGCAGAGGAGAUUUGCACCCACAACUGUCCUCACACCAAAGAAGCAUGCUUCUACAGACACGUGUUUGACACUCGCUUUCCUGGACGUGCUGAUUGGCUGCCUCACUUCUGGAUGCCUCGCUGGAUUCAAGCUAACGACCCCUCAGCCCGCACACUCGCCAUCUACAAGCUCAACUGUAACCACUGAGGAACUACUACUUCAUUACUACUAGCAAGUACUACUUCAUUACUACUAGCAAGUACUACUUCAUUACUACUAGCAAGU